AUGACGAAGAAGAGAGGAGGCUUUUGUAUUCCCAACCUCCAUGCCUCGACAUGCACUGUGAUGUUGGUGCUCUGUCUUGGCCUUCCAAGCUUGGUUGCUUCUCAGUGCAAGAGAAAACCCAUCGUCUUCAACUUCGGCGACUCAAACUCGGACACCGGCAGCUGGGCCGCGCUCGGAGCUCACUUCGGGUUGCCCGACGGGCACGCUUUCUUCCACGAGGCGAUCAGCCGGUUGUGCGACGGGCGGUUGAUCAUCGACUUCCUCUCACAUAAUGCAAAUUUUGGUGAGAUUUGUCUGAAAUCCAAAACAGGUGAGAGCUUGAACACAAGUUACUUGAGCGCGUACUUGGAAUCAUUGGGCCCAAAUUUCAGCAGCGAAGCCAAUUUCGCCAUAAGCGGCGCGGCCCCUUACCCUAUUAACCCGAAAAUGAAAAGCAAAGAUAAGAUAUCUCAAUCUGGUGUCCCCAAUUCAGGUUAUACGAAUUUGGUCGGCGAGGACGGCUUUGGGGACGCUCUCUACACCAUCGACAUCGGCCAGAACAACAUCGCGGUGCAAGUCGUCCAGAAUACCUCAACCUUCAUCGGAGAAAUCAAACUCGCGAUCGGGAAUAUAUACAAAAGUGGAGGGAAAAAUUUCCGGGUGCACAACACCGGGCCAUUGGGCUGUUUGCCUCAGAAAUUGGCUAAGACCGCCCACAAUGCAAGUGAUACCGAUGAGCAUGGAUGCCUUAAAUCUCUCAAUGAUGCUGCUCAAGUCUUUAAUCGACAAUUGCAAUCCCUUUGUGAAGAACUGAGGUCUCAGAUGAAGAAUGCCACGAUUGUGUACGUCGACGUCUUCGCGAUCAAAUACGAUCUCAUCGCCAAUUACGCCGAGCACGGUUUUGAGAGUUCGUUAAUGGCGUGCUGCGGCAACGGCAGGCCGCCGUACAACUACAAUGACAAUAACACUUGCCGCCAGAGCAACUUCGCCGUGUGUGACGAGGGAUCACGCUACGCGAGCUGGGACGGCGUCCACUACACCGAGGCGGCCAAUUCAUUCGUGGCCUCUCGAAUACUCUCCUCUGACUACUCCACCCCUCCCAUUAAUUUUAAUUUCUUUUGCAAAUUUUUAAUUUCACUCGAAGAUUUUCCGAGUUUGCUUAUUCAGUUGCUAUAUUAUGAAAUUUGCUUAUCUGAUUACUCGACAAGGAUCUCACUCUUCAGGGAAAACUAUUGCAAAUUUUUCCUAGUUAUAGAGUUUGGCUUGAUAUGAUACGGGCUAGGCUUACCCCGAUUCAGUCAAAAGAUCACCUCUUAUCUCAAUAUUUACGUGGUGUAAUCCAUGUUAAGGACGACAUGAACAUGCUCCUCGGUAGGGUUCACAGUAUUAACGUGGUCCCUCGGGGUGUCGUUCUUAUUGAGUUUCAUGCAUGACAUUCACAUUAAGAAAUUGCAUGAUAUACGAGCAUAAGUUUCUAUAUCUUCUAAUAGGACAAUCACAUGCUGAAGAUC